AUGACCAUCAAGGCUGUAAUUUUCGACAUGGGCGGUGUACUUCUACCGGCUCCAAUGCAUUAUUGGAAGACCGUUGAACGUGCGCACAAUCUUCGAGAUGGUUCAGUUGUGGAGACGAUUCUCAGUUUGGAUUUUUAUUGCCAUUUCAAAUUAUUCGAAAUCGGACAAUUGACUGCAGAGGAUCUUGAUCCACUUUUCACUCAUGUUUACAACUUUCAGAACAACCGAGUCGGAGAUGUCCUUCCUAUCUUUGUCGAGAUCAGUGGUCAAAUCGCUCAUUCCACUCUUCUCCCGGAAAUGGUUGCACUUGUGAAGUCUCUCCGUCUCGCUGGUUACCGUACUAUUCUCAUCACCAACAACUUCUUUACUGAUCGUGCAAAACUUAUACCGACGAUCCCUCUGGAGGUUCCUCUUCUUUUUGACGACGUUCUGGAGUCGUGUCGUAUUGGUCUUCGUAAACCAGAAGUUCAAAUUUAUCAAUUGGCAUUGGAGAGAAAUAAGCUUCAACCAUCUGAAUGUGUCUUCCUUGAUGACCUUGGUCCGAAUCUCAAACCAGCUAGAGCACUUGGAAUCACUACGAUCAAAGUGGUGAACAGUCAACAAGCUAUUCAAGAUCUUGGAAAUGUUUUGAAACUUGAUUUUACUCAUCCAGCGGAAACAAGAGAUUGUAUUCCAAGAGAAGUGCUCCCAGUCGAAAAAGUAAAUGAACUCAUCACUAGAAGCACAUCAUCUGACAACAAAGUAACCACGAUUCGAAAGUUCCGACAUGGCCAAUCCAACCCAACUUACUAUAUCCAAACUACUAAAGGAUCUCAAUACGUUUUGAGAAAGAAACCAAGUGGAAAUCUUCUUCCAAAAGCUCAUCAAGUUGAUCGAGAAUUCAAAAUCAUGAAUGCUCUUCAAGGGCUUGUUCCACUACCCAGAACUAUUCUUUAUGAUGAAAAAACUCUCGACACUCCUUUCUACUUGAUGCAAUAUCAAAAAGGAAGAAUCUUCUUGAAUCCGUCACUUUCUGAAUUGACGCCUCCAGAGAGAAGAAGAGUUUACGAGGAAGCAUUGAGAACACUUGCUACAAUUCAUUCGGUUGAUUUUGAGAAAGUGGGAUUGAAGGAUUUCGGAAGAUCUGACGGAUACAUGGAGCGAAACCUGAAACGUUGGUCAGAUGCAUACAAGAUGUCAAAGACGGAGGAGAUUCCAGAAAUGGAUAAACUGGAGGCUUACCUUAAGGAAAAUCUUCCGAAAAGUGGAAAAUCCACGAUUGUUCAUGGAGAUUUCCGAGUCGACAAUUUGAUUUUGGAGGAGAAUGAAAUUAAAGUGAAAGGCGUUCUCGACUGGGAACUAUCAACAAUUGGGGAUCCACUCUCUGACCUCGCUACCUUCCUUUUCGUCUAUUAUGUUCCAAAUCGAAUGAAACUUCUACCUGGAAUCGGAGAUCACAGUGAAUCAGAUCUCCACAGAAUGGGAAUCCCAACAAUCAAGGAGUGUUUGGAACUCUAUUCAAAGUAUACCAAUACUCCUGUGGUAGAUCCGGAACUCUGGACUUAUUACAUGGCAUUUGUAGUGUUCCGGUUUGCGAGUAUUGUUCAAGGAGUCUAUAUGAGAUCCCAGCUGAAAAAUGCGUCGUCUACCGAAGCUGCAAUGUUGGGACCACUCGUGAGAAAGUUGGCUGCAGAAGGAAAUCAAAUGAUUUCUAAACUUCAUGCUUCGAAAUCCUACGGUCAAUUGACUAUAAUCCCGUCUGGAAUGUCUGCAAAAGCUCAGAAAUACUAUGAAAUUGUCCGAGAUAUUGUUCAUAAUGACGUCAUUCCACUGGAGCUUGAAUUAAUGGAAUACUAUGAAGAGGGGCCUCACAGAUGGACAAUUCCACAUCCAAAAAUUGAGAAGUUGAAAGAGAAAGCCAAGUCAUUGGGAGCCUGGAAUCUUUUUAUCUCUGAGCAUAUCGAUCCAGAUAAAAAAUAUGGAAAAGGAUUGACAAAUGUGGAAUAUGCACAUAUUUGUGAACUCAUGGGAAGAAGUAUUUUUGCACCGGAAGUCUUCAAUUGUCAGGCUCCGGAUACUGGAAAUAUGGAAGUUCUGAUCAAAUAUGGAAACGAGGAACAGAAGAAAAAAUGGUUGGUUCCGUUGUUGAAUGGAGAGACCAAAAGUUGUUUUGCAAUGACUGAACCUGAUGUGGCAAGUAGUGAUGCAACUAAUAUUCAAGGUUCCAUUGUCCGAAUUGGCAACGAAUAUGUCAUCAAUGCUCGUAAAUGGUUCAUUUCCAAUGCAUCGCAUCCAAGAUGUCGAAUUUGUGUGUUCAUGGGGCAAGUCGCUGGACCGAAGAAGUCACGAAUCUUUCAACAAUCUAUGAUUCUGGUUCCAAUGCAGACAGAAGGUGUUAAAAUUGUGAGAAACACUCAUGUAUUUGGAUCGCAAGAUGCUCCUGGAGCCCACCCUGAGAUAACAUUCACAAAUGUUAGAGUUCCAGUGGAAAAUAUGCUUUUGGGAGAAGGAAGAGGGUUUGAGAUUGCACAAGGAAGACUCGGACCAGGAAGAAUUCAUCAUGCAAUGAGAUUGAUUGGACACGCGGAGAGAGCAAUUGAUGUGAUGAAGGAUAGAUUGAUGACUCGAGUUGCAUUCGGCAGAAAACUAGUUCAAUUCGACAGUCUACGAAAAGAAUUGGCACUAUCGAGAUGUGAAGUCGAGCAAGCAAGACUCCUCGUUCUUAAAGCUGCUCAUAUGAUUGACACAGUUGGACCAAAAGAAGCGAAAUCUGAAAUCGCGAUGAUCAAAGUCGUUGCUCCAAACAUGGCAAUCAAUGUGAUCGACAGAGCAAUGCAACAACAAGGUGCUCGAGGACUCACUCCAUUUACUCCAUUGGCUUCAUUUUAUGUGUGGGCGAGGUCUCUUCGUGUGGCAGAUGGACCAGAUGCAGUGCAUUUGGAGACUAUUGCAAAGAUUGAACUGAAAUCGAGAUUGUAA